UCUAAAAAAUUUCAAUAGAGAUAGGAUAUACUUAAGAGAGCUUUUCUCCUAAGCUUUUCAUCUCGGUCUUUUGUUUUAGUAGUUUUACUAGUUUUCUGAUUCAAAAUGGCUUCAGUUUUGAAUUUUGUGAAAAGAAAUAACUUGGGUCAUCUAACGAAGUAUUUGGCAGCAAAUGACCGAAUUUAUCAACAUGUUAGGAGUGCAUCAAAAUGGUAUCCCGGUGUCGAAGAAAUGAAAAAAUUCGAGCGACCUGUUAUGUUUGUACCCGAAGAAGCUGGGGAUUGGAAGGUGGAAGCAUGGAAUUCUAAUCCUCAGCCCGUUGAACGAGAAGUGAAAAACAUGACCAUCAAUUUUGGACCACAACAUCCAGCUGCCCACGGCGUACUUAGAUUGGUACUGGAACUUGCUGGAGAGGUCGUCAUACGAGCUGAUCCUCAUAUUGGACUUUUGCAUCGUGGUACCGAAAAAUUAAUUGAAUACAAGACAUAUACUCAAGCAUUGCCAUAUUUUGAUCGCCUUGAUUAUGUAUCUAUGAUGUGUAACGAACAAUGUUACUCAUUGGCUGUGGAAAAAUUGCUAAACAUUGAAAUACCAUUAAGAGCAAAGUACAUCAGAACAUUGUUUGCAGAAAUUACUCGUUUGUUAAAUCAUAUUAUGGCUAUUGGCACACAUGCCUUAGAUAUUGGUGCUAUGACACCAUUCUUUUGGUUAUUUGAAGAACGAGAAAAAAUGAUGGAAUUCUAUGAAAGAGUAUCUGGAGCUAGAAUGCAUGCUGCCUACAUACGGCCUGGAGGCGUUUCUCAGGAUAUACCACUUGGAUUGAUGGAUGACAUUUAUCAGUUUUCAUCUAAGUUUGGGGAACGUAUUGAUGAAACUGAAGAUAUGCUUACCAAUAAUGGAAUUUGGAUCACUAGGACACGUGAUAUAGGUGUUGUUAGUGCUGAAGACGCUCUAAAUUUAGGUUUUAGUGGUGUUAUGUUACGUGGUUCUGGUAUCAAAUGGGAUUUACGUCAAACACAACCUUAUGACGCAUAUCACCUUGUCGAUUUUGAUAUACCUAUUGGUACUCGUGGUGAUUGUUAUGACAGGUUAAACUCAAUGGAAGCCUUAAUUCAUCAUUUCAAAUUAUUUACCCAAGGUUAUCAAGUACCACCAGGUGCUACAUAUACUGCUAUUGAAGCACCCAAGGGUGAAUUUGGUGUCUAUUUAGUUUCUGAUGGAACUUCUAAACCAUAUAGAUGUAAGAUCAAAGCACCUGGAUUUGCACAUCUUGCUGCAUUAGAGAAGAUAGGAAAGAAACACUUCCUUGCUGAUAUUGUCGCUAUUAUUGGAACACUUGACGUUGUCUUUGGUGAAAUUGAUCGUUGAGUAUUUGUACUGGUGUUUGUUGGCACAAGUACAUUCUUUUCCUGGAAAUUGUAUCAUAUAUUACAUCAAGAUGUUAUGUGUUUUUGUAGAGACAAAACUGUAAAAACAUUGAAAUUAUGUUGUUUUUAUCUAAGUAUGCUGCAAUAGUGCGAGUUUACUAGUUAA